AUCGGGGACCCAGGGGGAGGCCGAGGGGUCGGCGUGGGUGGCUGAGCACCGCUGGGAAAAGCUGAGAGUCCUCGCCUCUACUUUUCUCUUGGUUCUCUGCCCUCAGCCGUCCCGCCCACCCCACCCAUCCCACCACGCACACACAUCGCACAACUCUAGGCUGGAUUCUCCGUUCAAACUGGGGCCAGUCCCUGGCUGAGGUCCUGGGCCAGGCUUAGGGGAGUGGCAGGUGUGACCCUGGCAGGGGGCUGAGGGUCAGAGGCAGGCAGGGCCACUCUGGUCUUCAUUUGGGAAAUCCAGAUGCCCACCCUGGGGGCCAGCCAUCAAUGGCCACUUCAGGAAUAAAAGGACACCCAGAUGGAAACAGGAGCUAAGAGAGGGAAUGGCCAUGGUUCAGGGAGGGGACUGAAAUACUGUGAGAGAUAGAAACUCAGAGCAUGGGAGUGGGAAGUGAAGACACGAGUGGCAUGGAUAGAAGAGCACCUAUCUGUCCCCCACCCCAAGCUUUCAUUUUCCUGGGGAAGGACCCAAGCCUUGAAAUUCUACAGCAAGAAGGUGGGACUCUGGCUCACUGGUCAGGACAGGCAAGUUGCUGUGGGGUGAGGGGGAGGGUCAGUGUGCAGAGGGAACAGGAUUUAGGUCCAUCUAGUUGGUGGGAAGAUGCUUCCUCUUUCCCUCCAUUUCCCUUUUUCCCCUUAUCUCCACCAGACCAGCAAUCAGCCAGGGCAGGAAAAUGGUCCUUUACUCGUUGUCACGCCCCUCCUUAUCCCAGUGUCCAGUUCUGCCACUGGAGAUCCCCUGCCUAUGACUUGCUACGUGAACACAGGCUCCUGAAGUCUCCUUACUGAGCCUCAGUUUCCCCAUCUGUACAAGAAAUGGGUUGGGCCAGUUGAUUUCUCAGAGUUGUUUCAAUCCUACGAUUCUUGAUUCAGAGCUUUCCUUAAAGCCUGAGCAUUGACUAUGUGCCAGACCCUGACCUAGGCUGGGGGGUGGGGCAGGUGGGGGACAGCAGUGGCCAAAGAGCAGCCUCCACCCAAGGACAAAGAGGUCUGGGUUCAGUAGAGAGGGCUGUGGGAGGAGGUAGCAUUCAACCUGAUCAUGUGUAGUCAGGCCAAGGGCCGGUGUAAGAAAAUACACAGGGGCAAGAGAAUGAGGGGCGUGUUUAGGGGGUCAGGAAGAAGGCCAGGGUGGUAGGUUUAGGGAAGUGGAGCAGGAAAGCUAGGGUGAGGUGUUGAAUACCAGGGUGAGGGUCUGCUGGUAGCUGUUGGUAAGGGGGUCUGUGCAAAGGUAGAGAUCCCAGGGACCCUACAGAAUUGCAGUGUCAGUGAUUCCGGAAGCACCUGCCCCAAGCAGAGUUUAGCAUGCAGGAGGGCAUCUGCAGGUCCUGCCCCCAGACAUCUGGCGCUGAACCCUGGCUGGCCAUGGCGCUAUGCCUGAAGCAGGUGUUCGCCAAGGACAAGACGUUCAGGCCGCGGAAGCGCUUCGAGCCGGGCACACAGCGCUUUGAGCUGUACAAGAAGGCGCAGGCUUCGCUCAAGUCGGGCCUGGACCUGCGCAGUGUGGUCAGGCUGCCGCCGGGCGAGAACAUUGAUGACUGGAUCGCCGUGCAUGUGGUGGACUUCUUCAACCGCAUCAACCUCAUCUACGGCACCAUGGCCGAGCGCUGCAGCGAGAGCAGCUGCCCGGUCAUGGCCGGAGGGCCCCGCUACGAGUACCGCUGGCAGGACGAGCGCCAGUACCGGCGGCCGGCCAAGCUCUCGGCGCCACGCUACAUGGCAUUGCUCAUGGACUGGAUUGAGGGCCUCAUCAACGACGAGGAGGUCUUUCCCACCCGCGUGGGAGUUCCCUUCCCCAAGAACUUCCAGCAGGUCUGCACCAAGAUCCUGACCCGCCUCUUCCGCGUCUUUGUACACGUCUACAUCCACCACUUCGACAGCAUCCUCAGCAUGGGGGCCGAGGCACAUGUCAACACCUGCUACAAGCACUUCUACUACUUCAUCCGCGAGUUCAGCCUGGUGGACCAGCGGGAGCUGGAACCACUGAGGGAGAUGACAGAGCGGAUCUGUCACUGAGCCCAGGCCUGGACUUGUUGCCCAUGAGAUGGACCAUCUGAACAGAGUGGCCAGGGGAGGAGACCCUCAGGAGUCUGGUAGCAGAGGAACCUGAAGGCGUGGGACCCUUCCACAGACCCAAAGCCCCUGGACUUCUGGUUCUCAGGAGUCUGCCCACACGUCCCCCUGACUGCUUGUGAGUGGGGAAGGGGAGAGUGUAAAGGUGGGCAGACAGGAGGAAAGAAGGAGCUAAACCCCUGGCGUGAAGUCUAGAGGGUUACUGCUCUGAUACUUGACCCUUCCACGGUGGUUCCCAAGCCUGUUUGGGGAAUGUGGAUGUGGCUGAGGUGGUGGCCAGAAAGGUACAAGAGUGUGAGCCACCUGUGUGUGAGUGGACACAGAUGACGUGUGUGUAUCUGUGGCUAUGCGUGUGAUUUUGACCAUGGGGUGUGUCUGUGAGAGCUAGCUGCCUUAGACCCUUCCUGGCACAUACUAGGCCCUCCAUAAAUCUUAGGUAAGUUGAUAGAUGGAAGGAAGUAGGGAUUAGGGCCAUCAGAUCAUGACCACUGUAGGAGUGAUGACAAGUCAGUGUCCCCAUUUGGUGUGUCUGACCAUGAGUGUAAGUGCACAGAAUGUGGUUGUAGAUGUAGCUCCAUGUUUGAACCUUCCAGGCUACCGUCUUCCAUCAGCAUGAGUUCUGGGGAGUAGGGGGAGGUAGGAAGGGGGACUCUGCCCUGAGUACCUUAAGCCCUGGCCCAUCUCAGGCACAGGUUCUGAUUUGCUCAGCCAGAGAUGCCCAUGAACUGUCAUUUCACUCAUCCGUCUGCCUCCAGGAAGGCCUGGUUAAAGACAGUCUCCUGGGUAUUGGGGGUGAUCUCUCAUGUCCACAAAGGUCCCCAGUCCUUAAAUCAGUAAUCAUAUACUCCAGUCUAGCUCCCUUAAUCUCCAGAUGUAAUUGCGAGAAUCUGAAGCCCAGCACAAGAUAAUCCUCCAACCCAUGGAGCUAGUGAACUUGCAUUGGGAAACUCUGGAGCCUUGUCUCCCAUCUGGGGCAUUGAGGACCACAUAGCUACUGAAUGGACUCUUCCAGGCUUAGAGAGCCCCUGUCCUGCAACUACCUGCCUCCCUCCCAACCAUCCCUAAGACAUUCCAGCUGGUUGGAUCUCAGAGAAGAUCUAUCCGCAGAGAAACUGGGAUGUUGAUUCAGGGCUCCAUUACUCAGCGCCUCCAUGCCCAGCCCUGUGCCCAGACCCAUAGGUGGGGAAACUGAGGCAGGGACAGGGCUCUCCCCUCCCAGAGGCUCCAUGCUGGGAGAUCAGGAUGGAGAGCCAGAAGGGACCUGAGGAUCAUCCAGUCUCACUCACAGAAUCAUUCAUGUGCCUAGAAGGAAAGUGAAGCUAGGAGGAGAGGGAAGAGAGACUGUUCAGCACCUCCCAGCAAGGCUUUUGUGGAGGUGGAGUAGAAACCAAGGGGUUCUGACUCCCACCCACAGCCUGUGGAUUACUGCACAGGGAGAUGAGAUGCACGUGGACAGAGGGGUUGACUGCCCUUCUCCCGGAUACAGCUGUUCCUGCUUUCAACAAGGAUUUCUAGCUUCAUGCCAGAGUGCCCACCACCCCCUCAGGUCUGCUGGGGUUGUCUGCUGAGCCAAGCUUCCAAAAUCAUGCCCCUCUCCAUGGCCCAGCAGCUGCCCGCUCUCUGGGGAAGCAGAUGGGGCUCCUGGGGCCAGCCAGCUGGACCUGGGACAGCUGCCUCCAGAGAAGCUCCCAGAAGAAACACUGGCCUGACAGCUUUGCCAGAAGCUCUGACAUGAAGGGGGGUCAUAGCUUCCCCCAAGGAGGACUGCGGAUUGGAAAAUGGAUUCUAGACUAUGGCCAGUGCCGACCAUUGAGGUGGGUGGG